CAUCCAUUAUCCAAGUUCAUCACAAUGGCUCCCGCACUCGUCGAUACAGUUGUCCACGAGCAGUCGCCCGUCAACUUCAAGUCACAAGCCGGCCAAUACAAGGAAGCUGCAUUUAGCGGACCCAAAGUGUACAGGAAAGAUCUUGAACUGAGGGGGACCGGCGAACAUGCACCCGCAAGGUAUCCCAACUACCUCCCCGUGUGGGACUUCGAGAAGAAGUACCCUCCUCUUGAGCCUUUUGAGCACUACGAGCAUGGCAAAGAUGCCGAUGCAUCGUUUCCCAACCUCUUGAAGGACGCCAAAGUUGCAGAUCUGACUGCUAACAUUGGUGCUGAGGUGACUGGCGUGCAGCUCAGCAAGCUGACUGAUGCUGGCAAGGACGAGUUGGCGCUGUUUGUCGCCCAGAAGAAGGUCGUAGCUUUCCGCGACCAAGACUUUGCGGAUGUGCCUAUCAAGGACGCACUGAACGUUGGCGGUUACUUCGGUCGACACCACAUCCACCCCACAUCUGGAGCGCCAGAAGGCUACCCUGAGGUCCAUCUCGUUCACCGAGGAGCUGAUGAUACAACUGCCCGCGACUUCUUCGAGGAGCGAACGAACUCGGUCACGUGGCACUCGGAUAUCACCUACGAGAAGCAGCCACCUGGCACCACAUUUCUGUAUUUGUUGGACGGUCCGGCUGCGGGAGGUGACACUCUCUUCGCGAACCAGGCAGCAGCGUAUAACAGACUUUCGGAUGAGUUCAAGAAGCGUCUACAUGGACUCAAGGUCGUCCACUCAGCUGUCGAGCAAGCCGACAACAGCAGGAACCGAGGGGGCGUCGUUCGUCGUGAGCCUGUUACAUCCAUCCACCCUCUUGUCCGCACACAUCCCGCCACCGGUGAGAAGGCGCUUUUCGUGAACCCUCAGUUCAGUCGUCGCAUUGUCGGCUUCAAGAAGGAGGAGAGCGACUUCCUGUUGAACUUCCUUUACGACCACAUCGCCAAGGGUCAAGACUUCCAGGCUCGCGUCAAGUGGGCGCCUGGUACCGUCGUGGUAUGGGACAACCGAGUCACAGCGCACUCAGCGUUAGUGGAUUGGGACGAUGGUGCGCGCAGGCAUUUGGCGAGAAUCACGCCGCAGGCCGAGGCACCGUAUGAGACGCCAUUCGAGGAGCGCAACAGCGGUGCUGUUGGCUUCGAGUACUAA